AUCAGAAGAUCAAUCGAGUCUCCUGGUAGGUAUAACAUCUGGAUCCCUACAUUUCCAACACUGAUAGGUUUGUAUCAUCCUGUUAGCAGGACAAAAAUCGACGAAGGUAUUUCACAACAUAACCUCUUUGUCGGCAAGCAAGCCUCCAAUCUCCACAAUGAAAGCAUGGCAGUACUCCAGCGCCGCUGGCGGCCUCGAGAAGAAUCUCACGCUGGGUGACUUCCCCACCCCCAAACCAGAGUCCCUAAAGAACGAUCAAGUCCUCGUCAAAGUUCUCUCCGUCGGGCUGAACCCCGCCGACUACAAGGUCCCCGAGAUGGCCGGCGCGUUUAGAAACAUCGUGGGAAAGCCCACCGUUCCCAGCACUGAUUUCGCGGGCCGGGUCGCCGCGACGCAUCCGACGAACGACGCGUUGAAGGAAGGUCAGCUGGUGUUUGGGAGGGUGGAUCCGAUGGCCUUUUCGGGCACGUUGGGCGAAUACACGGUCGCCAAGUUGAACAGCCUUGCGACGAUUCCCGAGGGCGUGGAUGUUGACCAGGCGAGCGGGAUAGGUACUGCGGCUGUGACGAGCUAUGAGGCCAUUGCGCCGUUCGUCAAGAAAGGGCAAAAGGUGUUUAUCAACGGUGGCAGCGGCGGUACCGGAACAUAUGCCAUCCAAAUCUCCAAAGCCCUGGGAUUGGAAGUCGUCACGACCUGCUCGGCGGCCAACAUCGACCUCGUGAAAGAGCUGGGCGCUGACGAAGUCUUGGACUACAAGGCAGUGGACAUCUAUGAAGAGCUGGGUAAGCGCGGUCAAGUCUUCGACCAUGUGGUUGACAACAUUGGCGACCCCAAGCUGUAUCACUGUGGCGACAGGUAUAUGAAGCCAGCUGCGCGGUUCAUUCAAGUUGGGGUUCCCCCUAAUCCGGUACUCAGUAUUGCCAGUAAUACGCUGCUGCCGAGUUUCCUUGGAGGAGGAAAACGACCGUUCAAGUUCUAUAGCAUUGGCCCUUCUAUCAAGGCCAGUUUGGAGCUGCUUGGGAAGUGGAUGGGAGAGGGGAAUCUCAAAUCGGUGAUUGAGCAGACCUACGAGUUGGAAGAAGCAGCGGAGGCUUUUGUGAAGGUGAGGUCAGGACGGACGAAGGGAAAGGUCGUGGUUCAUGUUGCUAAGGAAUAGUUCCAUUAUGACCUCGGAACUCCCUCUAAAUCUAAUACGGUUGCCUCUCUAAUAGUAAGCGGAAUGAAAUUUGAGCUAGAGCGGAGGGAGCCUCCGGGGUGGAUAAAAUUGAAUCGCGUUUCUUGGCAGUUUUCUACACAUCACCACUCUCCACCGAAGACAGGCUAUGUAGCACCUUGCAUGCAGUCCAAUUCGCUCAAAAACAGCAUAAUAUUGAAAUUAGU